ACUGUGCUCCACUGCGUUUUCAAUGACUGAUUUUUUGGAAAUAGAUUCCCAGGCCUUUCUUCCCAGGGGCCUCUGGGUGGGCUCACAUCACCAGCCUUUCGGUUAGCAGCCAAGUGUGGUAACCGUUUGCAUCUCACAGUGACUCCUAUAAUCACCUAGGGAAAGUUUUAUAAAAACCUGGGGAAGUUUUAAAAAUUCUGAUUCCCAAGUCACUCUUCAUUGUAAAUUAAAUCAGAAUGUUUGGGGAUGGGUGCCAGGCAUCACAAUAUUUUAAAGAUCCCAGGUGAUUACAAAAUUUGGGAAAUUCUUGUCUAUGCUAUUUUCUAUCUUGUUUUGGAGAGGCCGGCCAGGUUCUAAAGCCAAGAAGGAAGUUCUGUUUUUAAUGGCAUGGCCACUUCUCUGCUGGCCAGGUAGCCGUGGAGGGAGGAAGACCUGCUCAGAGCAGGUCUGGGAAGUCCAUUCUCAGGUCUGGAUCUGAAACCCUCCUGCCCAAGCGUCUCAGUGUGAGCUUUGAUGCAGGGAGACGGCUCUGUGUGUGUCCUCGUGCAGCUGUUGUCCCUGUGGCUUUGGAGAGGACCUAUAUGCCUGAACUACCUCUUACCUCUCCUAAUUUGUGUGUGUGUAUUGUGGGGGAGGGGGGUCUGUGUAGGAAUGAAGAAGUAGAUUACGCUUUUCAAGUCAUUUGGGGAGCUCUGAGACAGCUGUUCUCAUGGCUUCGUAUUCUUCCCCCAGCUCUGGCUUCUGUGGACUCUGCUUUUCCAGAAAAUGAACUUUGAGGAACGUUGACCAGUACUUGCAAUUCUAAAAACAUGGCUCAUGAUCUGGUAGUGUUCACAGAUGUGGCUGUAGACUUUUCUCAGGAAGAGUGGGAAUGCCUGGAUUCGUAUCAGAGGAGCUUGUACAGAGAUGUGAUACUAGAGAACUACAGCAACUUGGUGUCACUGGGAGGAGGUUCCAUUUCUAAGCCAGAUGUGGUUACUUUAUUGGAGCAAGGUAAAGAGCCCUGGAUGGUUGUGAGAGAUACGAAAAUAAGAUGGAGCCUAGGUUUGGAAUCCAACUAUGACGCUAACAAGUUAUUUCAAGAAAACGACACUUAUGAAAUUAAUUUAUCCCAGUGGGAGAUAAGGGAAAAAAUUAAAAAUCAUGGUUUUGAAGAUUCCUUUGUUGGAAAAGACUGUGAAUUUAAAAACAAAUUUGAGCGACAGAAGUGUCCUCAAGAGGGAUAUUUCAACCAAGAGAAAGCCACCUGUGAAAAAAUGCCCACUUACAGAAAACGUACAUCUUCUACUAUAUAUGAGAGAAGUAAUAAUAGAGAAAAACCCUAUGAAUGUGAGGAAUGUGGGAAGGCUUUUAGAGUACGCCAACAGCUUACUUUCCAUGAGAGAAUUCAUACUGGAGAGAAACCCUAUGAAUGUAAAGAAUGUGGAAAAACCUUUAGACAGUGUGCACACCUUAGUCGACAUCAGAGAAUUCAUACUUCUGACAAACUAUAUGAAUGUAAAAAAUGUGAAAAGAUCUUUUCUUGUGGCCCAGACCUUCGAGUACAUCAGAGAAUUCAUAUUGGUGAGAAGCCCUAUGAAUGUAAAGAAUGUGGGAAGGCCUUUAGAGUGCGAGGACAACUCAGUCUCCACCAAAGGAUUCAUACUGGUGAGAAACCCUAUGAUUGUAAGGAAUGUGGGAAGGCCUUUAGACAAUAUGCACACCUUACUCGGCAUCAAAGACUCAAUAUUGCUGAGAAGUGCUAUGAAUGUAAGGAAUGUGGACAGACUUUCCUGUGUAGUACAGGCCUCAGACUACAUCACAAACUUCAUACUGGUGAAAAACCUUAUGAAUGUCAGGAAUGUGGGAAGGCCUUUAGAGUGCGUCAACAGCUUACUCUUCAUCAGAGAAUUCAUACUGGUGAAAAACCCUAUCACUGUAAGGAAUGUGGGAAGACCUUCAGUCGUGGCUACCAUCUGACUCUUCAUCAGAGAAUUCAUACUGGUGAAAAACCUUAUGAAUGUAAGGAAUGUCAGAAAUUCUUUCGUCGUUAUUCAGAACUUAUUUCACAUCAGGGUAUUCAUAUUGGAGAGAAACCCUAUGAAUGUAAGGAAUGUGGGAAGGCCUUUAGACUAUUCUCACAGCUUACUCAACAUCAGAGUAUUCAUUUUGGUGAGAAACCAUAUAAAUGUAAAGAAUGCGAGAAGACCUUUAGACUGCUCUCACAACUUACUCAGCAUCAGAGUAUUCAUACUGGUGAGAAACCCUACGAUUGCAAAGAAUGUGGAAAGGCCUUUAGACUUCACUCAUCUCUUAUUCAGCACCAGAGAAUUCAUUCUGGUGAGAAACCUUACAAAUGUAAGGAAUGUAAGAAGGCAUUUAGACAACAUUCACACCUUACUUACCAUCAGAGAAUUCAUAAUGUAAUUUAAUAAUUGUAAGAAAGCCUUCCAUUGUGAAUUUUCUGUCAAGGAGCAUGAGAAAUUCUAGAGGAGACGUUUUUGAGCACAAGAAUCCCUUCUGCUUCAUGCUUAACUAACUCACCAGAAGAGGUUUUAUUCAGAGGAAAGAAUAUGUUAACGGAUGUGUUGAAGCUUUCCGUCUCCUCUCAAACCAUGCUAAAUUUAGGGAAAUUCAUUCUAAAAAAAAAAAAGAACUCUAUUAAAGCACUGAAUGUGUAAAAGUUUUUAGUCAUACCAUCUGUAUUCUUCCAUCUGUACAGUAUAUCUCUGGAGGUUGCUGGGGCACCAGUUCGUGCUGGGAAUUGAUAAGGCAAAGUUCUUUAUUAGAGAAUUCCAGCUAAUGAAGGCAGAAAGAAUUAUAGAAUUAGAAAAAAAUGACCAUUUUUGUAAUUUUUAGUGAAAGAAUAGACCUACACACAGUUCCCAGUGGGUGUUAAGACCAUUAGCUGAAAGGCUGACAGGAACUUUAGGGUGAAUAGAUCAGACUAACAACACCUUAACCUACCGAUCAUUCUUAACAUCACUGGAAGCAGGACAUCAACACGUUAUGUGCCUCCUAAUGUGGUAAGAGAGGCACGUCUUGCCAAAAAGACUGAACCUGAAUCUAAUCAAGCCUCAAUAUCUAACUUCAAUUUAGAGAAAAUGCAGGGAAUAGAAGAACAAAUUAAAUGACACAACAAGAAAUAAAUCUAAAAUGUGGGUAAUUCUACAAGAGAAAUGACCCAGUUUCUCCAACCAAUAAUUGGUAUUGAAAAAAGGCUGGUGGAACUCUUAGAGAUUUAGAGAGACUUAAGAGCUCUACAAAUCCAAUGCAAUGAAUGAGCGGUCCUUAUGUAGGUUACGAGUUGAACAAACAAAUGUAAAAAAGGAUUUUUAAGACAAUGGGAAAAUGUGAAUAUUAGAUAAUAUUAAGGAAAUAUGUUUUUGUUAGGUGUGAUAAUGGCAUUUUGGUUAUGAAAAAAAUUGGUUAGAGUUAAGUUAUGAAGUUUAUACAGAUAAGACGAUAUCCUGUCUGGAAUUUCCUUUAAAAUGAUUGUGCGAAAAAAAAUGAGGAUAAGUUUGGCAACACGAUAGUAAGCUGUCUUGAACAUAGAUGUGUUUAUUUUUGUUUUGCUCUUCUCUCCACUCUUACAUAUUUGAAAUUUUCCAUGUUUUUUAAAGAUAAAAUCAGCUAUUAAAUUAAAACCAGUUUUAAUUUAAAAGAAAAGCCUACAUAACCCACAGUUGUGGCUGUUGACAAAGCUCUACACAUUGGGAAAUUAAAUACACUGUAAUACAAGGGUAAGUCAAAAAGUCUUGCUACAAAGUCAUAGAAACCUUUAUUAAACAAAAUUAUCAACAUGUGAUGCUAUUGUUUCCCCACGUAGCCUCCAUCUAGGUCUGUACACUUCUGAAGGUGGUGUUUCCAUCUCGCUAACCCUUCCCUGAAGAAUUCUGCACUCUUGGAUUUAUACCACUUCAAACAGCAGUUUUGGCAUCCUCAAGGGACUCAGAUUGUGUUCCUUUUAAAUGUUUUUUGAAUUUUGGGAACAAAAAGAAGUCUCAAGGGGAAAGAUCAGGGCUGUAGGGUGGAGGGGGUAAGGUUUCCCAGGGAAAUUCUUGUAGGGCAGCCCUUGCUACCCUCGAAGAACGAGCAGCUGCAUUGUCGUGGUGGAAUAAAAUUCCUCGGUGCAACUUUCCUGCCCUUUUUCUCACCAAUGCAGCUUUUUUAAUUUUCUUAAAACUUCUUCAUAAUAAGCCCCUGUGAUUGUCCUGUGUCCUUCAAGAAAAUCUGUCAAGAUUACCCAUUUGGAACCCCAAAAAAUAGUCACCAUAACCUGAGCCCUCUUAGCUCUCCUGGCUUAUCUUUGAGGUCUUCCCGACCUUCCUUAAAAUGCUUGAUCCAUCUAAAAACUGAUUGUUUUAUGUGGGGCAGCAUUCCCAUAAACCUGUUGGAAAGCUUCAAUGAUUUGGGAAGAUGUCCACUUGAGUUUUGUUAAAAAUUUGAUACUAGAACUGACCUCAAAAUAAUUUUUUUUUGCAUAGCACAAGAAGUGUCCGUUUUUACUUUGAAGGCACUCUAAGGACACUAACACAAGUGUGUCCCUGAGAGCACUUGUCUGCAGCCAUCCACUGAUCACGGAGACGUGUUUAUACAUGUUUUGUUUGGAAUAAACCCGUGCAGGUAGGAACUGAAACCCUAGUAGCAAUACUUUUUGACUCACCCUCAUACAUUUGGGAAAUUAAGGUUGCGGGUUCAGACUUUGUCUGGCUUGUCCCUCUCCCCACAUUUAUGAAAGUGGUUGUCCCAUAGUUGGCACUUCAAAAAUAUGUUGAAGACUUGGUUUAAAAAAACGUGAAAUAUGAAUAAUUUUUCAUACUGAGUACAUUUUGAAAUAAUAUGUGGGAUAUAUUGGUUCAAAUAAAAUACAUUAAAAUAAUUUCAUUUUUUUAAAUGUGGCUACUGGAAAUUUUUAAAUUACAUUUCUGACUCACACACUUGUAUUGUUACCACUUACAUAAACAAUAAAAGAGUAAAUUUUAGCCAAAGGUGUUUUCUGUUAAAAGGGUGUCAGUACAGUCAAGGCCUUGGCAGUUUUUAUCAAGGAAUGAAAAUAAGAAAGAAGACACAAACAUAGCCAUGUGACUGAU